UGGGGUUUCAAAUCUCCCCUACGGUGAUCCACUAUGUCCAAGACUGUCACCGAUCCAUAUUUUGGUUCAUAAAUAGUCGACUGGAACUGUAAUGUACUAGCAAGCGACCUCCAAAUGGUACUAUCUACCGCAUUGCGGCCUCUUAUAGGCAUUCCUCUUUUUUUGCUCGUUGUGUGUAUCAAGCUUGUUUACUCAGUUGGCGUUUCGAAAAGCUGGAACAAUCCAUUAUCGAAAAUACCCGGUCCAGCUGUUGCACGAUUGACGCGGCUCUGGUUGGUACAAUCGCUAGUAACGGGCAAGGCUGUAGAAGACUUCCGCAGGCUCGAUAGAGAAUAUGGAUCAGUUGUCCGCGUUGGGCCUAAGAGCCUCCUUAUCAGUGAUCCGGAUGUCGCACGUAAGAUUUUAUCCGUAGGCUCGAGAUACACGCGUGGACCGUUCUUCGACGCGCUUCGGCUCGAGCCGACGCGAACGAAUGUGAUCUCUGAGCGGGAUCCCAAAAAGCAUCAGUUACUACGGUCUAUUCUCGGAGCUGGGAUAGCGGUAAAAGGCAACCCAAAGCUUGAGGUGAUGAUGGACGAACACAUUCGGCACUGGAUCAAGAUGAUCGAUAGCAAUUACAUUUCGCAUGGUGACAAGACAAUCAAUUUCGAUUUGUCGCGAAGCAUUCCAUUCCUUAAUAUAGACUUCAUGUCCCACCUUUGUCUGGGCAAGUCUUUCGGAUGCCUCGAGUACGACACAGAUAUGUUUAAAUUUCUGCAUUCGAUUCGAACAGGUAUGAUAGCCCAGCAAUGCAUGUCGAUAUUGUCGGAGAUCACGACCUUCCUUCAUUGGCUUGCUGGAAAUUCGUCUCUUCGAAAGUUCAUGACGGUUUUUCCAGCAGUUUGCCAUGAUGAAGGGAUAGGCCGAGUCAUGCGGGUGAUCCACUCUGCUGUGACACAGAGGGAAGCCGAUCGGAGAAACAAGAUCUUCAGGGACGAUAUGUUGGACUCCCUCUUUGAUCGGGGUCUGACUGCUGACCAAGCCUUGACGGAGCUUUCUGUAUUGCUCGCCACGAACACAGAUAAUGGCUCUAGUGCAGUUCAAGCCAUAAUCUUUGCUAUCAUCACUAAUCCACGUGUAUAUAUGAGACUUCAGGACGAGAUUGAUUCCUUGGUUGCCCGCGGCGAAGUCUCGUUUCCAAUCUCAAAUGCAUUAGCCAGAAAGCUUCCCUAUCUCCAGGCCUGUAUCUCGGAAGGUUUGCGGUGCUACCCUCCUGAAAUGCAACUAAGGGAGCGCAUGGCGCCACCAGAGGGCGAUUUUAUUGGUGGAUACAAUAUACCCGGUGGCACUUAUGUUGGAUUUAAUGCCAUUGCACUGCAGCAUAACAAGAUCUACGGCGAGGAUACAGAAGUGUAUCGCCCAGAGAGAUGGUUUGACAAAGAUGAAGAACGUCGGAAGCAGAUGCAGCGGACCCUGGAUUUAAUGUUUAGCCACGGCAGUUCAAAGUGCCUGGGCCUUGACAUUGCCUACAUGGAAAUGAACAAGCUAGUGGUCGAGCUCUUUAGACACUUUGAUGUAGCAGUUGCAAAUCCUUCAAAGCCAUGGAAACGUCUAGGGCGCGGUUCAUUCUAUCAAUGGGAAUUCUUCGUGCGGGUUGAACGGCGGACGAACUUUAAUGCUAAAAAUCUUAGAGGCUAGGACUGCUGUUUUUAGAUUAGAUCUCAUCU